GUUCACUGGCUGGUUUGAAUUGAAUGCAGUCCAGCCGGAAAAUCCGCCCCAACCGACCCGUCUGAAAGAAAAGAAAAAACACUUUAAAGUAGGGCAGCGAGGCUGGGAGACACGAUUCACGAAGCUGUUAUUUAACCUCAAAAGCUGCUAAAAUGAGUAAAAUCGCGAAGUUAUUCAAAGGGAGCUCCAGCUCCGGAUCUUCCAGCUCCUCGAAGUCCAAACACAGCCGGUCCAGAGGAGGCCCUUCCCCGCAGGAGGCCAUCCACAAACUGCGGGAGACCGAGGAAAUGCUGACCAAGAAACAGGACUACCUGGAGAAGAGGAUCGAGCAGGAGCUGACGAUAGCCAAGAAGAACGGCACCAAAAACAAGAGAGCCGCCCUGCAGGCGCUGAAGAGGAAGAAGCGUCUGGAGCAGCAGCUGACGCAGAUCGACGGCACUUUGUCCACCAUCGAGUUUCAGAGAGAGGCUCUGGAGAACUCUCACACCAACACGGAGGUCCUGAAGAACAUGGGCUUCGCUGCCAAGGCCAUGAAGCAGGUCCACGAGAACAUGGACAUUGAUAAGAUAGACGAUCUGAUGCAGGACAUCACGGAGCAGCAGGACGUCGCUCGAGAAAUCAGCGACGCCAUCUCCGGACCUUUUGGAGAGACGUUUGACGAGGACGAGCUGCUGGCUGAGCUGGAGGAGCUGGAGCAGGAGGAGCUGGAGGAGAACAUGAAGAGGAUGGGAGGAUUACCCAGCGUGCCGAGCAGCAAACUGCCCUCAGCGAGACCCAGCAGUCACAGAGCGACCACUAAGAAGAGAGUUGAGGACGAGGACGACAUGCGGACGCUGGCAUCGUGGGCGACUUAAUCACGUUACCUCUCUCUCUUUUAGCUUUUAAUUAUUAAGGGGAAAUGAAGAGUGUUAUAUUGAAGCCACUUUACAGGUGAUAUCUAUCGAGGAUAAGUGAAGGAUUAACAGAGGGUAGUUUAGAUGUGUUUAUCCUCCUAGCUGUUGUUGUUGUUGUUGUUUUACAGCACGUACAAGAAGUACUUAAUUAAAAAUGAAGGUAUGAGGAAACGACUGUUGUUUUUAACUGUAAAUAAAGUCUGAUUUUUGCAUUAAUGUUGUAAAUAAACUGCUUGGAUCAAUAAACUAAUCUCUUAAAGUCUU